UUGAGGUUCAAGAACAACUGAAGCUGCUAUAGUUUGGACAAGCCUGAUUUUUGCAACCCUACGACAAAUAGCUCUUCCCUAACUCCAGCUCUAACUGCCUGCAGGGUGCAGCUUGAGGGCAACUGGUCCAAGAUACUUCAGUGAACAUUGCUUCACCAUCAGUUUUUAUUAAGCACCGUUUUCUUGGCCUACCUCGGUCAAUAAUUACAUGAUUCGUGUUGAAAGGAGAAAUCUGUCUAAAACAGCUUUAUUCAGAGAGGCAAGAGAAGCCAAGGGUGAAUCAUGUCAGAAUGUGACAAAGAACUGGUGGACAUGGUGUGGGGUAGGAACAAUUCCAAUGGUUUGGCGGACUCUGUGUUUAAGCGGUGGACUCAAGGAUUUGUCUUCAGUGCCUCAGAACCAACAGCAUUAGAGCAAUUUGAAGGUGGUCCAUGUGCCGUGCUUGCACCUGUACAGGCUUUUCUUCUAAAAAGGCAAUUGUUUAACACCGAGCAUUCCAACUGGAGGUCUUGCCAAGAUGAAGAGCAGAAGGAAAUCCUGUGCCACACUCUAAGUGAUAUUCUUGAGAUUGUUAGCUUUAAUUCAAAUUCAUACUGUUUGGCGAGCUGGCUUAAAGAGAAAGCUACACGGGAGACAGAGCAGGAGAAUCCUGCAGAGUCUAGUCAGCAGAACGAGCAGCCUACUGCCUUGGCUGCAGAGGAGCUUGGCUUUGAGCGGUUUCAUGCAUCAAUUCAAAAAAGAAAAUUCAACAGCUUAAGUGAACUCAAAGAAGCCGUUCUGGAAACCUAUUCCACAUGGAGAAAUAAGUAUGGAGUCCUGCUUUUCCUGUACUCUGUUAUUCUCACUAAGGGAAUUGAAAAUGUCAAAAAUGAAAUUGAAGAUGCAGAAAGGCCUUUGAUUGACCCAGUGUAUGGGCAUGGCAGCCAAAGUUUAAUCAACCUCCUCCUAACUGGACACGCUGUCUCCAACGUGUGGGAUGGGGAUCGCGAAUGCUCAGGGAUGAAACUGCAAGGUAUUCACAGCCAUGCAGAUGUGGGAUUCCUAACAAUACUGGAGUCAUUACGGUUUUGUAAGGUUGGCUCCUUCUUGAAAUCACCAAAGUUUCCUAUCUGGGUAAUUGGAAGUGAAACUCAUCUCACAGUGUUUUUUACAAAGGAAAUGGCUCUUGUUGCCCCAGAGGCUCCUUCUGAACAAGCAAGGAGAGUAUUUGAAACCUAUGAUCCAGAAGAUAAUGGAUUUAUUCCUGAUGCCGUGCUAGAGGAUGUUAUGAAAGCUUUGGACCUUGUGUCAGAUACAGAUUACGUAAACCUCAUGAAGACUAAAUUAGACCCAGAAGGGCUAGGUAUUAUUUUACUGGGACCCUUUCUGCUGGAGUUUUUCCCGGAGCAGAGUUCGAAAGUUCCAGAAUCUUUUACUGUGUAUCAUUACAAUGGAUUAAGGCAGUCUAACCAUAACGAGAAGGUCGCUUACAUUGAAGGAACAGCUGUGAUGGGCUUUGAAGACCCAAGAUUACAGACGGAUGAUACUCCUGUCAAAUGCUGUCUACAGACCAAAUGGCCAUUUGUAGAACUUCUGUGGUCCGCAGACAGGCCCCCAUCAUUAAUUUAAUGGAACACUGCAACACACUGGAUAUUGCAGUCUUUCAUUUUAAUGUAUAUUGCACUGAAAUCAGUUACAGCAAAUCCCUUUAAUGGGCAAAUGUUCCCACAAGCAACAUGUAUUGCAUAUUUAUCUUCUUAUUUUCUUUCUUGUAUUGGCAACAGAGAACAAAGGUAUCGCACCCCACUAAUAAUGGUGAAAGGCUUACCUCCACACAAGUGUUUGGAUUUGGUGCCCUCCUGUCUCCAAUCUCUGUGUGGCAGCCCAUUUAAUAAUAGAAGCAGGUGAUGGACAUAAACACUUUGGAUAAAAUGUUUUCCACAUCAUUAUAAGUACACCACAGAGCCUUCUAGUGCCCAUUUAGGGUCCAACAUUUGGUCAGCCUCCACCAUUACCCCAUUAAAGGCUUUCUAAUAGAAUGAUAACAUAAUAAUAAUAAUAAGUCAUGCUUUAGUUCCAUUAAUUCCCAAUCUAACUGGCUUUUAGGCCUACCCACUGAUUUGUGACCUUCUGCUUUGGAAACUUUACUAAAAUUUCCACUGCUGACUUUUGCUUAGUACGAGGUAAUACCUACACUGGCAUAAUUUAUAGUGUUUCGUUAUACAAACUAAUGUAGGAAUUGUUUUUGACAAAAAGUUAUGACAAACCAUGUCCCCUGGGCAGGGGGCCCAUGCUAAAGGCCAGUAAGGAGCAUUUGGGAAGAACACCUGUUUUCUCCUUCAGAUACUCCUGAAAGCCCAUUUUAAGUGUUAAUUAUAGUGAGAUUUGGGGGGUGCACACUUACUUGCUGUCUUAAAUAUUCUUAGAGCUAUAACUAAAUGGCAGAUACCAUGAUGUUUACAUAGGGGACCCUGUUGGGUCUCAAAGAGGCUCAUGAACCAAAAAGCUUGCCUUACAUACUUAUCAUCUGUUGGGCACCUUGGAAGGCAGUUUGGACAAACAUUCCAGUGAUCCCAUUGGAUCAGUCGUUCUGUCUAGACUGAUAAUCUAACCUGCCAAGUACAUCUCUGAGUGUAUGGGGUGCUGGCAGAUAUGAGAAUGAGAGAGGCCAGCACUCUCUCCCUCUUCAAUUCCUUGUGGUCCGGCUGAGUUGGACUCACUUUGAUUAACAAGGCCUAUAAUCGAUUAUUAUUUUACACUCACAAAUUUAAAUUGACCUGGACAAACGUUGACACAGCUGGAAUUACACCAAAGCCCCUGAAUAUUUGUUCUCUUGUUUUGAAAGAAGUAGACCCAUUGGAAUAUGCUUUUUAAUACAAGGCUACGGUUCAUAAACUUGGAAGUUGCACUUGGAGAACCACAGAAGCUGUAGAAGGGUAAUGUAUAUUUUUCAGACGAUAACUUCAUCCCCGUCUGAAGGAACUGAUAUUUAAGAUUUCCCACGUGCGUCUCUUGCAUUGCACAGGCCUCUCCGGCAAGAGCAGAGCUGUGCUGUAUGGGUUCCUGCGCAAGGGUUCUGACCCGUGCUAUUGCCAAAUACCUUUGCUCUGCCUGUUCCCGAGCAGCAGAUUAAGCCCAGUCCUUCUCCUCCUCAUGUUUAUCACUGUGUUCCAUGCAUGAGAAACAUCUGUGACCACACGAGUAUGUUUAAUUAUUUAUUAUGAUCAAAUUGCUGGCCUUUAAAUAAACAAACUCUUUUCUGAACUGUGA